GCUAAAGAGAAGGCACCAAAGUCUUCUUCCGGUGGUAAAAAUAAGAAAAAGAAAUGGUCUAAAGGAAAGGUUAAGGACAAAGCUAACAAUGCCGUAGUUCUUGACAAAGCAACAUAUGACAAACUGCAAAAAGAAGUACCAACAUAUAAAUUAAUCACACCAGCAGUUUUGGUCGAUCGUCUUAGAGUUAAUGGAUCUCUUGCCCGUAUUGCGAUUCGCGAAUUAGAAGCGAAAGGAAGUAUCCCUCGUGCUACUGCUGCUAUGGAUAAACCAGAGGAAAAAUAA